AGCAGACAAAAACCCUUUCACUCUCUCUCUCUCUACUCUUCAAGUUUUUCUUUCAGACAAAGAUCAUCUGAAAUUCAGUUUUUCUUACUAAAAAUCCACAUUAUCAACUGGUAUUUGAUUGCAACAUUCGCAGAAUGCCUGAAGAAGAUCCGAAGCCAGUGAAGAAAGAGGCAGUUGAGGACGAGGACGAAGAAAAGAGCAUAGCGUCCGCUUUUGCUAGCCGCAAGAAGAAAGUAGCCAACAACAGCAAUGCCGCCCCAAAAUCGAAGCCACAAGUCCAGAAAAAGGUGAAAAGAGAGGAAGCAGAUGAUGAUUUUGAAGAGCCCACGUCGAAUAAGGCCUUCAAUAAGGCUAACAAUAAGGGGCAGAAGAAGAAGAAGAAAGAAGAAGAGGCAGAGAAGACAAAGAAAGGAAGUAAAGCUGCUGACAGCAAGGAUGCUAAGAAAAGAGAAAAGAAAGUGUUUGAUUUACCAGGUCAAAAGAGGGAUCCUCCUGAGGAAAGAGACCCAUUGAGGAUUUUCUAUGAAACCUUGUUCAAGCAAGUGCCGGCUAGUGAGAUGGCAGCAAUAUGGAUGAUGGAGUCUGGUUUGCUUCCAAAGGAGGAGGCAAAGAAAGUUUUCGAGAGAAAACAGAAGAGGGCUCAGCAGCAAAAGCUCAGUUCACCAACGAAAACUGUUGUCACUGUUAAGAAGAAGGCUGAAUCUGUUGCUAUUCAAAAGAAAUCAUCGACGACCCAGAAAAAGAAAACACCAGAUACCAAAGUUGCAUCGAAGCAGUCGACGAAACGCAAGAUCAUGAAUGAAUGUUCUGAAGAUGACACAGAUGAUGACUUUGUAUUGAGUGCUAAAAUGUCUAAGAAACAGAGAGCAUCUUAGGUUGUGGAAAAUUGCCCAUUUUUAUCCUCUUAGGUAUCAUGUACUACCUUAAAUCUUUUACUAAAAGACUCUUCUUUGCCUCUUUGGCCUUUGCAGUA